AUUAAUUAUACUAUCAAAUCGAUGAUAACUCUAGGUAUUGCAUUCAUUUUUUCGAACUUCGAUGUGAGUUGCAUUUAAAUUUUUCUACCACUCGAUUAAAAACCUAUAGAAUUAGAAAUCUUAUAAACACGCAGCGCGUUAAUUUCAUCGCAGCUGGUUUUUAUUACAACGGUAGACAACUGAUUUGUUGUAAUUCGUGGAGGAUGGAGUUCGAGGACAUCGCGAACAGUAGAUUAAAUUGUCCACCUCAAAUCCAACCACCGGAUCAAACGUCAUCAAGGUUCAUCGACAGGUUUAUCCGUUUAAAAACUAGAUAUUGAAAUAGAGGAUUUUUAAUUGUUUUGCUCACGUUUAUAGGUUUAACCAUUCAAUGGGUUCAAAAUCAAUUAUUUACGAUAAGUUUAUUUGAAUCUCAUAAAGGAUUAAAUAGCGUUCGUUAUAUUAGUUAUGGGACGUGUAUCGGAUAUAUACCGGGUGGUGUCUUAGCCACCGUUUUUUCAGCUCACAGAGUUUUCGGAAUUUCGUUCAUCAUAUCGUUCAUAUUGCAUAUUAUGGAAGCUAUGAAUUACUUGAAAGCGUAUCUGCAUAUUUUAUCACUUUUUUGUAUAGGAAUGACCCUGGCCAUAGCGAUGUUGGCAUCUCACAGGAUUUAUACAUUUUGGGUUCCACUGAAUAAAAAGUCAUUACGUCAUCUUCCAAUAAUAUUGUGGAUGAUGAUAAUUAAUUAUUUAAUACAAAUAGAUUAUGGAUUUGACUACAUACGUGAACCAAUAAGUAUUGUUGUGAUACCAUGGUUUGUUUUGUGGUUGAUCGUGGUCAGUGGAGUUCGUUCUCAGAUCCUGAAUCGUGGUCUUUUAUUGUUCAGACUAUUUAGAGGUUCAAACACUCUUUCUACUGGAACCCAUGUUGUUUCCAUAAGACGGCCAACCAUAUCGGACAUUCCUUGGAAGUCGUUUUGUACUUCAAUGCCCUUCAUAGCGCUUAUUUUAUCAUAUAUGUGUUAUGCUAAUUUAGUUCUUUUAUACCGUUCAUAUGAUUCAUUUCAAUAUUUUUUACAAACCGAUCAGUCCUUGAAUGGACACAUAACCAUUUUGUUGUUACUCGCCUUUGUCAUGGUCGAAUUAAUUCCGGAAAUAACAGUGUGCUUUUCUGUCACCAACGUCAGAAAGAUUUUUAGUUGCUUGUUUUUCGUUUCAAUGGGCAUAAUAUAUUAUCUGGAAGCUUUUCCGGACAACAUUUUUUUGUUUUUAGACAACAAGAAAUUCGUGAAUUUAAUUUAUAAUUUUAUGCCAUAUUUUAGUAUUUUCGGUUUCGAAAUUAACCAUUUGGAUAUUGCACCACAGUACUCUAGUGUACUUUAUGGUAUGCUGAUGACCAUAUAUUACAUAACUUGGUUAUUUUCACCAAGUAUCUUAAAAUAUAGUUUGAUUUUUGAAAAACUUAAUCAAGUCCAAUUUUGUUUACUGGUGACGGUAAUAAGUUUAGCGGUGGCAGCAUUCUAUGCCAUUUUCGCUUCGGCAGAACUACAACCAUGGGCUGUGGAUAAACCAGUAAAAGAAAAUCAACGAAAUAUGCAAGAAGAGGUAAAUUUAACGGCUGUGUAACGGAUUCAUAAAAUUAUGUUCGAGUAUCACACUAGCACAAUAUGCCCAUAACUUAAUCAAAUAAUCACAUUAUUUUUUAUAAUAAUUUACAUUAUUUAUUGUUGAAUAAUUUUUAAAAUAUCUUAAUGUUUUUUAAUUUAAUUCGAAAUUGACCUAACCAUACCUAACCUGCACAAGUAGAAAAGUCGGUUAAUUUAUGUUUCAGAAUAUUAAUAUUAGUAACAUGAAAAAAAUUAAAUUAUACAAUAUUAUAAUAUACAAAAUAAAUAAUAUACACACAUUGUCAAGCUAAACUCAA